ACGUCGUGAACAACAACUCGAUAAGGACGCCACGAAAAUCGCCAAAGUUGCUGACGCGACGCGGAGUUGUGGGACUAACUUGCACACGUUUUCUUUCCACCAUUCCGUUUGAUCUCUCCUAAACGUUCCCUGAGCGCUUGCCUGUCCUCCCAAGUCAAGGACAUGUCGACGGCCAAACCUGGGAGCGACUCCGACGUAAUAUCAACAGGGUCGCGCUCCACGGACUCGCAGUCAUCGUCGGCAACCCUUCAUCAUGAACACGUUCCACUGUCACAUACCCUCGCCGCCGAAGCAGCUUCGGCAUUUGCUUCAGCAGGCCUUGUCGCGCCCAUCAUAACUAUCAUCGACAGUGCCAUUUUCCGCAACGCAUCUGGCACCGAACCCCUUGUCGCAGGACUAGCCACAGGCACGAGAAAUCUCCUCACUCGUCCAUUUCAUUUUAUCCGGCAGCCUGCCUGCCUCUUCAUGUUUGGAGUGUACGCUGGAACCUACCUUACUGCCAACACAAUACAAUCCGUAUGCGAUUAUGAAGGAUGGGACUGGUUCUAUCCAAAGUUUGUCGGCACCAGUAUAGCAAACGUCGGCCUGUGUGUCGCAAAAGACGUCUGUUUCACUAGAUGGUUUGGUAGCGGUAAGGCGAGACCAGUACCUUGGUCUUCCUUUGCAUUGUACACGAGCCGAGACUGUUUGACGAUCUUCGCAUCAUUCAAUCUGCCCUCCAUCUUGUCGCAGAAAAUGACAACAUCAUGGGGAAUAGACAAGCGGCCGGCGGAUAUUGCUGCUCAGCUGUUGACACCGUGUGCAGUACAGUUUGUAUCAACUCCCAUGCAUCUUCUAGGAAUGGACCUAUACAACCGACCAGCGGCGAAAGCUUCUGAGCGGGGUACCUUUAUUGCAAGAGAAUAUGCUAAAUCGACCAGUGCCAGAAUUGGCCGGAUUUUUGCGGCGUUUGGGAUAGGUGGAGUCGCAAACCAGUACUUUAGACAUAGUCUCAAAGGUUGGCUACAAAAAGUACAUGCGUCUGGAUAGCGCAGAGUAGGAGAAAGUACUUCCUAGAACUGUUUCAUGUGCAGAUGAUAGAAUGGUAUAUGCGAUCGCCACCACACCAGUUAUGGUAUUAUAUACCAGGUGUGAGCUCAAGCCAAUAACCCUAAUCAUUAUCACGACAAGUAUAUAUUCCUUCUAAACGUG